AAUUAUUCCUUUUCUUUUCUCCAUUGUUUAGAAUUUUUUCCUAUUUUAUCGUCCUUGCAGUGAUUGCUUUAGAGAUUACAAAAUGCCCCUUGACUUAACAAAGCUUAAUAUUAAUUGCUAAAAGUCGACAAAUGGGAACUAAACUAAAGAGCUUCUGUACAGCAAAAGAAACUGUCAAUCAACAGACAGCCUACUGAAUGAGAGAAAAUAUUUGCAAGCUACGCUUCUGACAAACCUCCGAUAUCCAGAAUCUAUAAAGAACUUACAUUUACAAGCAAAAACCAAAAACCCCAUUAAAAAGUGGGCAAAGGACAUAAGCAGACACUUUUCAAAAGAAGAAAUACAUGCAGCCAACAGGCAUAUUAAAAAAAGUUCAACAUCACUGAUCAUUAGAGAACUGCAAAUCAAAACCACAGUGAUGGGUGGAAGGGGUGUCAGGUGCCAUGUCUGGCUACAGAGGUGGCAAGAAGAACCUUCUGAAACAGCCCAAGAAGCAGGCCAAGGAGAUGGACAAGGAAGAUAAGGUUUUCAAGCAGAAACAAAAAGAGGAGCAGAAGAAACUUGAAGAGCUAGAAGGGAAGGCCACAGGGAAGGGGUCCCUGGCCAGAGGUGGAAUUAAGAAACUGGCAAAAAAUAAGCUAUUCCUUGUGCUUGAAGAGAUGAUGACCCUUGAUUUCAUUUGUAUUUAAACAUCUGUAUUCCUUGCCAUAACAUCUUUUGCCACCUAUAGCUGGAAUGA